GUAAGGCACCUGGUCUAAACAUUACUCCUCCCACCCUGGAACAACAUCGUAGUUGAAAAGCUCUGGAGGAAUAAAAGACCCAGAGGGAGUGGUAACGGCACGACGGGGAGGACUUUGGCUUCACAACUGCACUGCCAGUGUUUGCCUUCACUACCUCGUAGGUCACGUUUUAGAUUCAGCAACAAGGUCAUGGCUGCCCCGGGUGUGCUGCUGUCAGAGGCGCAGUUUCAGUGUUGCAUCUGUCAGGAUGUUUUCUCUGAACCCGUUUCCAUCCCCUGUGGUCACAGCUUCUGCUUCACCUGCAUCAAAUCGCACUGGGACCAAAGCCUCACCGUCAACUGUCCAAAAUGUCACACUGUCUUCGAGGGUCGCCCAGAGCUUUGUGAAAACUCCUUCGCCAAGGAAAUGUCAGAGCAGAUCCGAGCGAGAAGGCAGAACAGUGUGACGUCGACAGAAAGAAGAAUUAUAUAUUGUGAUGUGUGCAUGGGAAAGCAAACAAAAGCCCUAAAGUCCUGCCUUGUAUGUCUGACCUCAUAUUGUGAGAGUCACCUGGAGCCACACAUGAGAGUUGCCACCUUGAAAAUUCACAAGCUGAUUGAACCUGUGGCAACUCUGGAGACCCGGAUUUGUAAAAGGCACGAAAGGCUCUUGGAGCUGUUCUGCAGGAGCGACCAGAGGUGUGUGUGUGUGCUGUGCACCGAGACGGACCACCAUCGUCACGACGUCGUCCCAGUGGAGCGAGAGAGUGAAGAAAAGAAGGCUCAGAUGAAAACGAUCGAGGCUGAUGUUCGGCAGAUGAUCCAGGAAAGACUACGGAAAGUGCAGGAGAUCAAACACUCCGUGGAGCUCAGCAAAAAAAACUCAAAGAGGGACAUAGUGGAAAGUAUGGAGAUGUUCUCCGCACUGCUUCGUUCCAUGGAGAGAAGUCAGACUGAGCUCUUGCAGAUGAUCGAGAGGAAGCAGGCAGCGGCAGAGCAGAGGGCGGAGAGGCUCGUCGCAGAGCUGGAGCUGGAAAUCACUCAGCUGGAGAAGAGGAGGAGUGAGAUGGAGCAGCUUUCUAAUACUGAGGAUCACCUCCUCCUUUUGCAGAGGUUUCCAGGUCUGAGUUCUCCUCCGUCUGUCAAAGCCUGCUCUGACAUCAUUGUGCAUUCAGACACAUGUCUGGGGACUGUAAGGAGAGCGGUGGCCAACAUGGAACAGCAGUUUCGAUCGGCCCUGAAGAAACUUUCCAGUCAAGAGCAUGAUCAGGUGCAGCAGUAUGCAGCUGAUGUUCAUCUGGACCCCAGGACAGCCAAUCCAUGGCUGGUUCUGUCAGAAGAUGGAAGACAGGUAUGGGAUGGAGAUGUUGAACAGGACCUGACAGACAUACCAGAGCGUUUUGACACAGCACCUUGUGUCCUCGGCACCAGGGGUUUCACCACGGGGAGGCACUACUGGGAGGUGGACGUAGGAGACAAAACAGCGUGGGACUUGGGUGUGGCUCGACAGUCUGUCAAGAGGAAAGGAGUGGUCACACUGAGCCCAGAUGACGGCUAUUGGACUGUUUGUUUGAGGAAGGGCAGUGAGUACCGGGCAUGUGCGGGACAGGCGGAGCUUCUGUGGCUCUCUCAGAGGCCGCAGGUUGUUGGGGUGUUUUUGGAUUAUGAGGACGGGACAGUGUCCUUCUAUGAUGCAGAGGCCAAGUCACACAUCUAUUCCUUUACACACUUCCAAUUCACUGAGGCCAUGUUUCCAAUUUUUAACCCAGAUAUGAGUGAUAACAACAGCAACAAAUCACCACUUAUCAUCCGCCCUGUCAGUGAAGGUGGAGAUUUAGAUGACAUCACAAUAUGAUGUGAAAUGCUUAUUCAUGAUUCGUGAUAUUUUAUUUUAAACAGCAUACAACUGUUCUGUGUGCUCACUGUAUUAAUUACACUACAGUUUACAUUUGUGAACAGAAAUUAAUCAUAAAAUUAGUGUUAAAGAGCAAAUAUGCAGAGCUAGUAGUCGGAUUAUGACUUUAAACUACAUUAGCAAGCAAAAGUAUGUAUCAUCAUUGCCAGAAAUUAAUA